GCAUCGGGAAGGUGAAGCGGAAAACGGGAAUGCGUGACACGGCCUCCAACGCCGACGCCGACACGUGCUCCGACAACGGCGAGCGCCUGUACGACCUCAACCUGCCGGCGCUCGUCAAGUUCAGCUACGCYGCCGAGCGCGAGGACGAGCUCUCGUUGGUCAAGGGUACACGCGUCAUCGUCAUGGAGAAGUGCAGCGAUGGCUGGUGGCGUGGGGGGUACCAGGGGCGUUCCGGAUGGUUCCCUUCCAACUACGUGACGGAGGACGCCGACGGGACAGCGGGGGGAGGAGGGGGCGACAGUUUGGGGGACCCGGUAGGCUCGCUGACUGAGAAACUAGCGGCAGUGGUUCACAGUGCGUCUAACGGGACCCGGAGACUCCACACGGUGCAGGCGCUGUACCCUUUCAGCUCGGAGAACGAGGAGGAGCUGAACUUUGAAGAGAAGGGAGAGGUGAUGGAGGUGGUGGAGAAACCAGACAGACCUGAGUGGUGGAAGUGCCGUAAAGCAGACGGACAGCUGGGACUAGUGCCUAAAAACUACGUCAUUGUGCUGCCUCCCCAGCAGGACUCCACUACCCAGAAUGCCUCACCGGGCCCCGCGGGGCCGCCCACGCCUGACUGUGACUACAUCUCUCCGGCCACGGUGGGGUUUGCGGGGAAGCCGUGGUACUAUGGCAAGGUGACGCGUCAUCAGGCAGAGGUGGCUCUCAACCAGAGAGGAGUGGAGGGAGCUUCCUCUCAGAGACUCCGAGUCAUCG